CGACUAUUCGAUCCCUUGUCGACAGCGUAGCAUCCUUGCUACAAGAAGACGGGACGAUAAGAGCCUGGAGAGAUGGCACAUCCUCUCUGGAUGCUAUGAGAUCCACCUCAGUCUUCGGUUGUCCACAACUCACUCGUUACUCACUGACUCUUUCACAGUAGAUUUCCGUACUCUCCUCUUCACUCGCGCCCAUACAGGUCGCUUCCUUCAUCAGUCUUCCCUCUACCACCGCACGCUUCUUCCUUCGUCCUGCCUGCCUCGAUCAACUACUCGGCCCUUCCCAUCUUCCUUUCGUCCAAACUUCUUUGCAUACAUCCAAGAUGGCGACGACGGCCGUCAUUAAGCUUGAGGAGACAUGCAUUAUGUGCCCGCGGCGAGGUAGCAAAACCUGUCAGGUGUGCAAAAAUGCACGUUACUGCUCGACUGACUGCCAGAAGCUCGACUGGAAGAAUCACAAGGUCCUGUGUUCUUCGUUCAACAACCCAAAACCAAAGACUGACAGACCCAAUGCCUUCUUUCGGCGUGGACUCUUCUUCCCUGGCGGCUCGGAAUCGGCUCAAUUCGUCUGGGUAGAAUGCUGGACCGAGACCGAAGGCACCUGGGCAGUCUUUGACAACUUCGAUAUAAAGGUGUACUACGGCCCGAGACCCGCAGGGCGUACUUACUUCUCGGAGCCUAAUCCUGUCCAAGCCCGGGAUAUGACACGCGACAACUUCGAGUUCGGAUUGCACUUCUGGUGCCUCGAUCUCAGCGUCGAUGAACCACCGAAUCUGGGACUGAGAACAAUGACCCGAGGUCAGGCUUGUGCACCAACCUUGAAAGGUCCCAUUCUAGUCUUGCGCAAGACGAAGAAAGGUCGCAAUGAGGAUAGCUACAUUGACAUUGACAUGCGAGACGUACGCAAUGCUGCAGACCACUUCAGUUGGAUGUAUAGGGAUGGAACUACCAUGGCGCCAUAUGUGCAGGACGACCUGCAUGGCCAACGUGUGCUUGUCACCGGUUGUCUUUGCCAUCAAGAUCAGGCUCGAGGCGGGACUGGAUCAAAAUUCGUUCAGCGCGUCCUUAAUGGUUGCGAUAGCAUUUUUGCAGCUGGCGGAAGUGGUAUCGCGAAUUUGCUUGGAAUACCUCUCUCUUUGCGUCUUAUACAGAAGCGACGACUCGGAGAAGAUGGUCGCCACAACAAAGAGGCAAUGUUGCUUAUGCGAGAUAUCACCUCAACGGCAGUUGGCUCCAUCCCUGUUCGUGAUCGCUUCAUCAAUCGGAACUUCAUGGGCGAGAACGGAUUUGGCUCGUCUCCAAGCCCCUGGAACGGACCUGAGACCGGGUCUGUCUUCAUUGCCCGUACGGAUGGCGUACCGUUGCUGAAAGAACACGUCGAGGCUCUGUGCGCUUAUAUCGAGAACAAAAUCGAGCCACAAUUGUCCGAGUCCAUUGUCGGACUUGAAGCAGGUGCUGCUGUCCCUCAACGAGAGGCAAUCCUGAACUCAAUCACGAAGGCCGACUUCCUUGACUUCUUCAACUCGACCAAGGCUCAGAAAGCAGCUGCGAACGCGACCUGGGCGAACGUGCCUACUCCAUACGAACUCCGCCGUAAUGAUCGAGCAACCGAUGUCAAUGCCCUGUUCGAAGAGGCGCGGCUGGCUGGGUACCGGCAGCAGAGUGACAUGCCACGCCAGCGCUUCUUCAUGACCGAUCCUUAGCGUUCAUCGAGU